AUGUAUGAUCAACUUCUCGUAGAGCUCCGUAACGAAGACCAGGCAGCCUUCAAAAAUGUUAUGCGAAUGCCACCAGAGAUGUUCGACGAACUGCUACCAAGAGGUGGCCCGAGUAUCACCAAACAGAAUACAACCUACAGAGAUGCCCUCGAUCCUGGCCUGAAGCUUGCUCUCACCCUUCGACAUCUUGCGUCUGGGACCAAGUAUCGCUCAAUGUCCUAUGGAUGGAGAAUCCCUCACAAUACUAUACCCCUGCUCAUCCCAGAAGUGUGCCAGGCCAUCAUCGAAGAGUACAAGGGAUUCUACUCCGUUGUCCUCAUGGCGCUCGUGGAUGCUGAUUAUCGCUUCAUCUGGGUAGACAUUGGUGGUAUGGGAUCGGCAUCAGACGCUCAGAUCUACAAUGCUUCUGAGCUGAGAUAA